AGGGAGAGAGUAUUUCAUAGAUGGCUGAGGAGGAAGGAGCAGUGAUCAAAUGCCAUACUAUUGAGGAAUGGAAUGAGCAAAUUGAGCUGGCGCAGGAAUCAAAACAACUUGUUAUUGUGGAUUUUACAGCUGCAUGGUGUGUCCCUUGUCGAAUGAUUGCUCCUAUUUUUGAUGAACUUGCCAAGAAAUUUGUUGAUGUUGUCUUUCUCAAGGUUGAUGUUGAUGACCUAAAGACAAUCGCUCAAGAAUGGGAGAUAACCGCAAUGCCAACCUUCAUCUUCCUCAAAGAAGGGACGUUGUUAGACAAGCUUGUGGGAGCUAAUGAGGAUGAGCUUAAUGAGAAAAUUGAGCUCCACAUGACCUAGUAAUAUAUAUAUAUAUAUUACUAUGCUCUUUUAUAUGUGUGCAACUUUGAUGAAUAAAUAAGCAUUGCUUGCAAGCUUGAAUUUUCUUGAAAGUUUGAGGGUUUUAACUAUGUUGGUAAAGUAUCUUUAUGAUAAAUGUAUGAAACUAUCAUGUUUGUGCUUUGAUUUAUAUUUAUUAGGUCUUGCACAUCCUAUUUUCUAGUAUAUCUUCUAAAAGAGAGAACUAUGUAUCUUUUAAAAGACAUAAAUAAGAAAGAGAGAGUGUGUGAUAUGACAUUUCUUCACUAUUUA